AUGUACCUGCGGUACCUGCCGAGCUUCUUCAGGUCAGAGUGGUCGCUGGCGCAGGUCCGGCUCCGUGAAGGCGUCGAGUACACGGUGGAGUUCUGGCGGCACCACCCCAACACCAUCCUCAUCGCCGGCACGGAUGGAAGCUUCUACCGGUGCCGUUUCGACCCCGUGAACGCGGGCGAGAUGAAGCAGCUGAAGCAUGAGAGAUUCAACAAGAAGCUCAAGAAGAGAGGACAGCUAGAGGAAAAUUAACUCGGUAUAGGUUGGAAGAUUAGGAAGCAAUACUACAUGCAUCUAGCGCCUUAGUGUUGAUUUUGUGGUGCUUUACUGUACCACGUAUGUUGCGCAUCUAGCAACUUUUAUUUAAGAGUACGUCUACGCAUACCGUAGCAUUAUAGAAGGCAGAAUUUGAAUUACAAGAACACUACGAACAACGAGCAUAGCAAGAACAUCACACACCACACCCAGGCAAGUCCACGGACAACCAUCUAUGACAUAACAAAACUUCAAGCAAAGAGCUUGUCCUAACUCAGAACAACACCGCGUCAUGACCAACGACAGGCACCUCCGAAGACCAGAACUUCCCCCCGAACA